GUAUUUGAGUUUUCCCAAAUGCCUAAUGUUUAAUCCAACUUUUCACACUGGGUUAUUUAUUAACACUCAGUAAACAAAGAAUUAUAUAUUUAUAUGAGUUGUUCAGAUUGGAAUCUUACUUUUUUUCGAAAAUGGAAAACCAUCUAUUGCUUUGUAUUUUAUUUUUGAUUCCUGCUUUUGCAUCAUCAGACUUUUUGGUAACACACAUCAGAAACAUCAAGAAGCGAAAUGUCGAUAACGACUUGGUUGUCAAUGGGAUAGAAAUCUAUAGCAUGAAAAUUGAUAGUAAAGUAACUUCCCGAUUUGCCCACAAUGUCAUCACCAGUCGAGCUGUCAAUCGUGGAAAUGUGCCCAAAGAAGUCUUCUUUGAUGUUGAACUCCCUAAGACAGCCUUCAUUACCAACUUCAGCAUGACAAUUGAUGGUGUCACUUAUCCUGGAACUAUAAAGGAAAAAGAAGUGGCAAAAAAGCAAUAUGAGAAGGCUGUUUCAAAGGGACAGACUGCUGGUCUUGUCAAAGCUUCAGGAAGAAAAACAGAAAAAUUCACUGUUUCAGUCAACAUUGCAGCAGCCAGUAAAGUCACUUUUGAACUCACAUAUGAGGAACUGCUGAAGAGACAGUUUGGAAAAUAUGAGAUGUUCAUCAAAGUAAAACCGAAGCAGCUUGUCAAAGAUUUUGAGAUUGAAGUAAAUAUCUUUGAGCCCCAGGGUAUCGCUGACCUGGAAGCGGAAGGAACAUUCAUCACCAAUGAUCUACAAAAUAUCAUAAAGAAAACUUUUUCAGACAAAAAGGGGCACAUCUCUUUUAAGCCAACUCUUGAUCAGCAGCGAACCUGUGCAAAUUGCUCACAGUCUCUCUUGGAUGGGGAUUUUAUUGUAAAGUAUGAUGUGAAGAGAACAACUCCAGAUAACUUGCAGAUUGUCAAUGGCUACUUUGUACACUUCUUUGCACCAACAAAUCUUCCAAAGUUGCCCAAGAAUGUUAUUUUUGUAAUAGAUAUUAGUGGCUCAAUGGCUGGAAGAGAAAUAGUGCAGACAAGAGAAGCACUUCUAAAAAUCUUAGAUGACAUCAAAGAAGAUGACUUCUUCAAUUUCAUACUGUUUGGUAGUGAAGUACAUACCUGGAGAGAAACAUUAAUCAAGGCCACUCCUGAGAAUUUGGAUGAAGCAAGGAAGUUUGUUCAGGGCAUUGACACUGAAGGCAUGACGAAUUUACACGGUGGUAUAAUGAGGGGAAUUGAUAUGCUGAAUGCUGCUCACGAAGGAAACCUUGUGCCCAAGAGAAGCGCUUCUAUAAUUAUCACGUUAACAGAUGGCCAACCAAACGUAGGCGUAUCAAAUACUGAGGACAUUCAGGCACAUGUAAAAAAAGCCAUAGAAGGAAAAUAUCCCUUAUACAAUCUUGGUUUUGGCUAUGGCGUUGACUACAGCUUCUUGGAGAAGAUGGCACUGGAGAAUAAAGGAUUGGCCCGUCGGAUUUAUCCUGACUCUGAUGCAGCUUUACAGCUUCAGGGGUUUUAU